UGGUUCGCUUCUUUGUCUUGUCUCGGUAACUACCAACUUGCAUUUGUCGCUCGAAUCUGUGCUGCGCGCCUGUUUCCCGCUUCCGUCGACUCUCCCCGCGUGGCUCUUUAUCUCUCCCCAGCAAAUUCACCGCAGGAAACCCUUUGCCCGGCUUUUGUUGCUCAAACACAUACAAAGGGAAGCGCCCAGCUUCAUCUUUGGGCUUGACUUGAAACCUACGCCACCCGAGACCAAGACACAAGAACAAGACGAAGCAUGGCCUAUCAGGAGCGAGACUACCGUCGCUCUGCCGUCGAGUUCGACGACACCAUCCGCACCCGCACCGUCACCCGCAGCCCCGCGCCACCCGCCCCAAGAGCCCGCCGAGGAGACUUUGAGGAGUUUGACGUGCGCAUCCGUGAAAGAGAUGGCGAUCUGCCCGAGUUCCUGAGCCGUUCCCGGAGGCCUGAGGCUGGUCCCAUGGUCCUGCGCCAGCGCGAGGCCGAUCCCUAUGAGCGCCCGCCCAGGGAGCAGAGCCCGGUUCGCUACCGCGAGGAGCGCAUUGUGCGAAGAGCCCAUAGCGUUUCGCCUUCAGAGCCCGAGCAUGAGCACUCUCGCACCAGAAUCGUCGAGAAGAUCAGGAGCCCCUCCCUUGCCCGGCGCAGGUCUCCUUCGCCCAGAGCCGUUCGCUAUGUCGAGCCGUCCGACGCUGGUUCUGAGCACAUCCGCAUCAUCGAGCGAGAGCGCGAGCGUGAGCGGGUGCCUUCGCCCUCACCUUCGCCCCCUCCAGCACCCCCUGUCAUCCGCGGCCCAGUCAUUGAGCGCGAGGUUAUUACGCACUACACAGACAUUGACCAUGGCAUGAUUCAAGCCAGACAGCCAUCCCCGCCUCCAGCGGCCCGGCCCCGCCCGAGGGAGCGCGAGACCCGCGAGACAGACAUUGACAUUUCCCUGUCCAAGGGCCGCACUGAGGUUGACAUUCACCGAUCUGCCAGCCGCACUCGCUCCAAGAGCCGUGAGAGGCGCUCCAGCCGCUUCUAUGACGAUGACAUUGUCAUCCGCCGCGACUUGAAGGUUGAGGAUACAAAGACCCGCAGAAGGGCUCACUCUGCCGCCGCACGCCCUGCCGAGGAGGACGAGGCUGAGUACAUCACCUCCAAGGUCGAUGGCCGAGGACACAUGGGUGAGGCCUGGGGUGGUGCCACCAAGAAGUGGGCCAUCGUGGACGUGCCUCCUGGAACUGAACGGAUACGCAUGGAUGGUGUUGGCGGUGCAACCACCGACACCACCUGGUCCAAGUACAGCGGUGUGCGGAGGACCAAGUUUAUCCCGGAGAGAGAGAGGGACAGAGAUGACCUGUCCAACAGGGCGCCGUCGCCUCCUCCCGCUCUCAGGGGUGAGCGUGUCAGCGUUUCCGUCCUCGACCGUGAGCGUGAGAUUGAAAUCGACAGGCGGGUCGGCCGCUCCCCUGCUCCUCCACCACCCAAGGAGAUGUGGACCGAGAUCACCAAGGACCUGGUAAUUCGCGAGGCCAUCGAAGAGCUUGGCUAUGAGUAUGAGGAGACUGACCAGUUCUUCUACGUCAUGGACUACCUCAAAUAUGAUGAUGUUCUUCAAUUGACUGAGAUCACUGAGGAUAUUCGACGAUCUAAGCGACAGCGAGAGCGCGAGAUUCGAUUCGACCGAGAGCGUGACUACUACGAGGAAAUUGACCGACGGACCUAUGACAGACGCGCACCCCCUCGACGGGACGAGCGUGAGCGUGUCAGGGAGACUGAGGUGAUUUACGACCGCGCUGCUCCUCGCUAUCGUUAAACCUGCCGUCCAUGUGCCGAAAGCCCAUAGCACGAUUAAUUCUUUUAUGAGUGAGCUUGGGUAUUUGUCGACUUGCCUCUUGUUUGUUUUUGGAUGUAAAGAAGCUAUUUGCCGCGAGAGGCGAGAAUAGUCUGUCUCGAAAAGAGAAAGGAGGGAAUGUAUAGCAUGGAUGGGAUAAACUGAGCUGGCUUGAUAUUAUCAUUUUUUCGCAGGGACGAUUCAAGGGGAUUUGAGGGGGACGAGAGUGAGAAGUUGGAUCAUUUUUUCUUAUUUCUUUCCUCAUGUCUUACGAUCCAUGAAUGCUUGAUGACGACUGGGAGUUUAAAUUGUUUUUUUCUUUUCUUUCUUCUAUUUCUCAUUUAACAUGUAAUGAAUAACGAAAAGGCAAAUAAACAUACUCUUUGAUAAAACG